CAGGAUAGUUGAGCGUGUGCCGGUCCCUGCUAUGAUGCUGUGGCGGGCGUCUGGCCGGCUUUGUCCUCGAAGUCUCUUUACGACCCCGACGGCUGCGUCCCGGGGAGGUAAGUUGCCAUCCAGACACCACCAGCAACGCUGGCUGGCUCAAUGGUCAAUCGAGACUGAACACCACCAUAAAUAUGAGGACCCUGCCAAAAUCAUCGACGAAGGUCUGAUCAAUCGCUUGUUGGAGGAGACAAAAGACAAGGCAAAAGAUGCCGCAUGCGUCAAAGCUAUUCUGGUGGCUGCUCAAGAAAGGGCCCGGCUUCAGGCCAUGCCCCCAGGGCACCCUACCGCAGACCCGCCCCAGAAUGAAUUUGUUCAAGGACUCACCCUGGAGGAGGCAGCUACACUCUUAAACGUCGAUUCGGGGAACAAAGACAUAAUGCAGCUUUUGUAUGAUGCUGCCUUGAAUGUGAAGCAACAGAUUUACGGCAACCGUAUUGUGCUCUUUGCACCUGUUUACUUGGCCAACUGGUGUGUAAAUACGUGCCAGUACUGUGCCUUCCGAGGGGCCAAUAAGCAGAUGCAGCGAAGCAUGCUCACCAUGGACGAGUUGCGACAAGAAGUGGAAGCCUUGGAGGCGAUCGGACACAAACGAUUGCUGCUUCUGACCGGCGAGCACCCCAAGUAUUCGUUUGACCGGUUUCUCGAGGCAGUCCAAGUGGUUGGCACCGUCAAGACCCCUAAUCCGUGUGGGGAGAUUCGGCGGAUCAACGUGGAGAUUCCCUCCCUCUCCGUCUCCGACAUGCGACGCCUCAAGGCUACUCAAUACAUUGGUACCUACACGCUCUUCCAGGAAACCUACCACCGUGACACUUUUCGGAAAAUGCAUCCCGGUGGACCCAAGAGCGAUUACAACCACAGGAUCCUGACCAUGGACCGGGCACAGUUGGGUGGCCUGGAUGACGUGGGAAUCGGGGCGCUCUUCGGCUUGGCCGACUACCGAUUCGAGGUGUUGGGCCUCCUCAUGCAUGCCCACCACCUCGAUCGCACCUACGGCACGGGACCCCACACUAUCUCUAUCCCCCGCAUGCAGCCGGCCCUGAACGCCCCGGCAGCGGAGCACAUCCCCCUGCCGGUUCACGACGACGAUUUUAAGAAAUUGGUGGCUGUCAUUCGGUGUGCGGUUCCCUACACGGGCAUGAUCCUAUCCACCCGGGAGUCAGCUCAGAUACGUCGGGAGCUUUUACGCUUGGGCAUCUCUCAAAUCAGCGCCGGGUCACGCACAGACGUGGGGGCCUAUCACCGCGAUACCUCUUGCGACGCCGCCCCCUUCAUUAGCAACACCGCCGGGACGAGCGGCAACGGAUACAGGGCAGGGCGGCCGGCCAAGUCGCAACUACCUCCUCCUGCCACUCUGGAUGCAUCGCGCAAGGAAGAGGAGGAAGACACGGAGGAAUAUAAAUUGAGACGUGGACAAUUCUGUUUACAGGAUCAUCGUCCUCUCGACACGGUCAUUAAAGACCUGCUUCACGACGGAUUCAUCCCCUCCUUUUGCACGGCUUGUUAUCGGAAGGGGCGCACCGGGGCAGCAUUUAUGAAAAUCGCAAAGAGUGGGCGCAUUCAGGACUUUUGCCAGCCGAAUGCUUUACUCAGUCUGCAGGAGUACAUGGAGGAUUAUGCCAGUCCUCAAACCAAGGCGAUAGGCGCAGAAGUCAUACAUCGCGAGAGUCAGCUCAUGAGCGACAACGCCAAGCGUGCGUACGACAGGAAACGCCGGCAGCUUUUGGAGGGGAAGCGAGACCUUUAUUUUUGAGGCGUGGUCGUAGCGAUGGCAUGUGUCAUUGAUAUAGACGAGAAGAUCAGUAGGCGUAUUGUACAGAAGAAAGGGGUGAUAUUUGGGAGAGAUAACCAGACACAGAAUUGAAUGACAAGCACACGUGAUGGACAGCGUGAAAAAUUGCUCCAAGUG